GUCUUUGAUUUGAACGAGGCAAUGACAACUUUGAAAAAUGUGAGCAUUCUUUUCUCACUGUGAAACAAAUAAGUGUUUUCUCUGUUGGGGUUAAUUGUGUCUCUGUUCACAUGAAAUAUACUUUUGUCGGUAUUCACAUGUUGUUUAUUCAGUAUCUCAGGUCACGUUGUGCUUAGUGAUUUCCUGUUGACAUGUUGUUAAGUUGCGUCUCUGAUGACAUGGUGUUUAGCGGUGUCUCUGCCUACAUGGUGUUUAGUGGUGUUUGCCUACAUGUUGCUUAGUGGUGUCUCCCUAGAUGGUGUUUAGUCAUGUCUCAGUUCACGUGGUGUUAAGUGAUGUCUCUGCCUACAUGGUGCUUAGUGGUGUCUGCCUAAAUGGUGUCUAGUCAUACAUCAGUUCACUUGGUAUUAAGUGGUGUCUCGGCUUAAAUGGUGUUUAGUGGUGUCUGUUCACAUAUCUAAAUAAUAAUUUAUAGUCAAUAUUUUGCUUUGAACUAAUGAUACCAAUAUGAUUUCUUGUCUACAGCUUGAGUCAGAACAAAUCAUACUUGAGCAAAAUCUGACCCAUCAACGGAAACACAACCUGAUUAGACGCCAUGCCCUGGACACCAAGAGAAUGAUAUAUUUAAGUAACAUCGUUAGGUGAGUUCAAUAGUCUCAUCAAGGUCAGUCCAGGAAUCACAUUUCAUGAGUGAUACUGAAGCUAACACAUUUAAGUUGACGUAAAAUAUUGUAAGAGACCUUGCUUACUAUCUGACAAACUUCAUCUAGAUCUGGUACUCAAUAAUUUAAACAACUCCGGUGAUACAUUUGAUCAUUCAACUCGUGUUCUUUAUUUGAUCUGUCACUUGCUUACACUUUCACUCAUCUCCCAACUCUGACUUCUCCCUGCUAUCUAGUUCACAUCCGGCCGCCUUCUCUUAACCAUCCGGCCGCGCUCUCCAUCGUCCCGUCCAGAGGUCCCUAUUUAUAGGUCCCUGGGUCUGUACUUGCGCCGCCCCUUUUCUCAAUUGUCGCCAUGGUCUAGACGUCCCAGGUAAAUGCCCUGGUCAGAUGGAUGGUCGUGUCUGGGUGUCAGACGGCCGUAAUUGGUCAGGCGUUUGAUCCUUGGGUCCGUCGUGCUCCACAAGCUUGAUCCUUCGGUCAGACGGAUUACGUCAGGCGCCGUCGUGGUCCGGCGCUCGUGCGUGGUCCGACUCUCCACAAGCUUGGGUGGUCAGACGGAUUACGUCAGGCGCCGUCGUGGUCCGACCUCUCCACACUAUCUACAUCUAUUAAGGUUUAGGUUUAGCGUUAGGGUUAGCGCUAGGGUUAGGGUUAGCAUUAGGGUUAUCGUUAGGGUAAGGUUUAUGGUUAGCGUUUAAGGUUAGUGUUAGUGUUAACGUUUAGGGUUAGCGUUAGGGUUAGUGUUAGGGUUAGGGUUGCCCAACCCUACACUUAACCUGUACCAUUCCUACAUUUAAUUAAUCUGAAACGUGUAAGUCAAAAACCAAAAUAAAAAAAUGAAAACGUAAAGAGUUAUGUUGUUCGUCUGUCGAGGAUUGACGAUGAUCAUCAAGUCGUCCGGUGACUCAUGACUUGCACUAAUGACUUUUGUUUAAAGUGAGGAAGACUUGCGCGGCGUCAACUUCAUUCUCUCGCCCGGGCCCUCCAUAUCCAGUGGCAAGACUCUACGUCAAGACAACCAGGGAUGGGUACGGCUGCAGGAUUUGUCAUUGUAUGCACCUUAAGGGACUUGAAAUCCAUGUUUGAAUUCAGAGUUUCCUUCUCUUAGAUGAGUUGCCGACAAAGGUUAACGAGUCUCAUCCACCCGGGAGUAAAGAGAUAUAUAGAAAGACAAACAGAGAGGAAGAAAGAGUUAGAGAAAGAGACACUUUGGCCAUAGGGGCUCGUUUCUUUAAGAAUAAUAUACAAAUGUUUGAUACAAUCUCUCAUUUCUAUUAUAUGGGGAAAAAUGACACACUUACAAUAGAAUAUCGUUCAACAAGGUCAUUCCAUGUCCUCUUGGGAAAUAUAUCUCGACACUCGGCCUGUAAAGAAGUUUUGUUCAUCGGACACAUCUCUUCACAGAUUUUAAUCCUCUUGGGAAAUAUAUCUCGACACUCAGCCUGUAAAGAAGUUUUGUUCAUCGGACACAUCUCUUCACAGAUUUUAAUCUGAACCGGACACAUCUUAACCGGACACAUCUUAACCGGACACAUUUCUUCACAGAUUUGAAUCUUAAAAGGACACAUCUUAACCGGGCACAUCUUUUCACAGAUUUUAAUCUUAACCGGACACAUCUUAACCGGACACAUCUUUACCGGACACAUCUUAACCGGACACAUCUUAACCGGACACAUCUUAACCGGACACAUCUUAACAGGACACAUCUUAACCGGACACAUCUUAACCGGACAAAUCUUAACCGGACACAUCUUAACCGGACACAUCUUAACCGGACACAUUUCUUCACAGAUUUUAAUCUUAAAAGGACACAUCUUAACUGGGCACAUCUUUUCACAUAUUUUAAUCUUAACCUGAUACAUCUUAACCGGACACAUUUCUUCACAUAUUUUAAUAUUAUCGGACACAUCUUAACCGGAAAGAUAUUAACCGGAUACAUACUUCACAUAUUUAAAUCUUAACCGGACAUAUCUUAACCGUACACAUUUUAACCAGACAGAUCUUAACCAGACACAUCUUAACCGGAAAUAUCUUAACCGGACACACCUUAUUCGGACACAUGUCUUUACAGAUUUGAAUCUUUCGUCCAGGAGCUCACAAGAAGGUUUCAGAAAGCCAAAGAUCAAACCACACGAGUUCGUCUUGAGAUGUUCUCUUUGCAGUUACAGAAGAAAGAAAUGGAGGCAGAGUCACACAGCAUGAAAUUGGUGAGCCAGUCAUAACUUUAUCUGUAAGAAGUGAGUCAGUCAUAACUUGAUAUGUAAGAAGUGAUCCAAUCAUAACUUGAUCUGUAAGAAGUGAGCCAGUCAUAACUUGAUCUGUAAGAAGUGAGCCAGUCAUAACUUGAUCUGUAAGAAGUGAGGCAGUCAUAGUUUUAUCUGUGAGAACCGAGUCAGUCGAACUUUAUCUGUAAAAAGUCAGCCAGUCAUAACUUUAUCUGUAAGAAGUGAGCCAGUCAUAACUUUAUCUGUAAGAAGUGAGCCAGUUAUAACUUUAUCUGUAAGAAGUUAGCGAGUCAUAACUUUAUCUGUAAGAAAUGGGUCAGUCGAACUUUAUCUGUAAGAAAUGAGUCAGCCAAACUUUAUCUGUAAGAAGUGAGUCAGUUAUAGUUAUAUCUGUAAGAACUGAGUGAGUCAAAGUGUUAUCUGUGAGCACUGAGACCAGUAUUGUAUUAGGCUGCUCUGGUAUAAUGCACUCAUGUCAUUAGGAGGUUCUUGCAUUAGGCAGUAUGGCAUUAUGAAGUAUGGCAUUAGGCUGUAUGGCAUUAUGAAGUAUGGCAUUAGGCUGUAUGGCAUUAUGAAGUAUGGCAUUAGGCUGUAUGGCAUUGGGCUGUAUGGCAUUAGGCUGUAAUGGCAUUAGGCAGUAUGGCAUUAGGCUGUAUGGCAUUAUGAAGUAUGGCAUUAGGCAGUAUGGCAUUAGGCUGAAUGGCAUUAUGAAGUAUGGCAUUAGGCUGUAUGGCAUUAUGAAGUAUGGCAUUAGGCUGUAUGACAUUAUGAAGUAUGACAUUAGGCUGUAUGGCAUUAUGAAGUAUGGCAUUAGGCUGUAUGACAUUAUGAAGUAUGGCAUUAGGCUGUAUGGCAUUAUGAAGUAUGGCAUUAGGCUGUAUGACAUUAUGAAGUAUGGCAUUAGGCUGUAUGGCAUUAUGAAGUAUGGCAUUAGGCAGUAUGGCAUUAUGAAGUAUGGCAUUAGGUAGUAUGGCAUUAUGAAGUAUGGCAUUAGGCAGUAUGGCAUUAUGAAGUAUGGCAUUAGGCUGUAUGGCAUUAUGAUGUAUGGCAUUAGGCUGUAUGACAUUAUAAAGUAUGGCAUUAGGCUGUAUGGCAUUAUGAAGUAUGACAUUAGGCUGUAUUGUAUUAGGCUGUUCUGUCAUUAAGCUAGAAUUCCAUCUUUUACUGUCAAGAGCUUUGUCAAUUAUGUUUGUUACGCUUAUAUGAGGAGAUCUAUGUUUUCAAAUUAUCUUGUAGUCUUCUUUUAUUAACCUUCACAUUUGUUCUAGCUAGCCAUUCAUGAGAAUUUUCUGUCUCAUGAGUUUUAAGUAGUUAUUCAUGGGGCCUUUCUGUAACAUUGGUUUUAGCUAGUCAUUAAUUGGCCUUUUUGUCACAUUGUUUUUAGCUAGUUUUUCAUGGGGCAUUUUUGUCACAUUUGCUCUAAUAAUCCAUUCAUGGGGCCUUUCUGUUACAUUUGUUCUAGCAAUCCAUUCGCGGGGCUUUUCUGUCACAUUUGUUUUCCAAUCCAUGUGGGGCCUUUCUCUCACAAUUGCUCUAGCAACUCAUCCAUAGAGCCUUUCUGUCCCAUUUGUUCUAGGAAUCGAUUCGUAGGUCCUUUCAAGUGCUAACGGACGAAGUGGUCAAGGACUUCAUCACCC